AGAAAAAGGGGUUGUGUGUCGUAGUGUACAUUAUUCAAAAAAAAUUUUGGAAUUUUAGAUACUGGUGGGAAAUUUUGGACCAAGUUUAAAAGCAAAACUUUUGCUUAGCAAGACGUUAUUGCAGUUAUUCUGGACUUCAAGGUGCUCUUAGUGUAACCACCAGAUGUACAGGUGCGGGAUGUCCGCUCUCUACGUGGUAUUCCAUGGUGUCUCUCCCAAGUCGGGCGAUUGAAGUGAAUUUAGAGAUAGCCCUGAAAUGGCGUUUUUCGAAGCAAUUGAACUCGUCCUAAACGACAUUCAGCCCUUCGAUUGUGAUCGCGGCGUUUUCUUGGAUGAUCCCAGGAGAGGUUGCCGAGUUUUCACGUUCCACAUCGCUAACGGCCGUUUCUUUCUGCGCCGAAUAAAUUUAUGCGCAUAACUACGUGAGGAAAACGCUGGGAUACGUCCUCGUGUCCCUGGGUCCUCUUUCCUUUGAUUACGCGUUCCACUCGCCCUCCGAAGUUGUGUUUAUGGAUGUCGCAUCCCGUUAAGGGUACGACCCGCCCACAACGUUCGCGUUGACUCGAGUUUUUCGAGGUGAGUCUCGCCCGUUUCAAUGCGAUUCGUUCUGGCGAGUGCCGAGUUUUUGCCAUGUCGAGGGUAUUGUGUAGUGUUUUCAUCUCCUUGCGAUCAUCAGUGGACUGCAGGAAGUUUCUUAGCCUUCCGUUGAGAACACUGUUGGCUGUGAGUGACCGUAAAAUGAGCUUCGGUGACACGUACGGACGAACGGAGCUCGCGGAAACCGAUCCCGAGGCAUAUGAGUUGUUCAAAGAAGAGAAACUCCGACAGCGUCGGGGGCUGGAGAUGAUCGCGUCGGAGAACUUCACGUCGAAAGCCAUUCUUCAGGCAUUAGGCAGCUGCUUACACAACAAGUAUUCCGAAGGCUACGCUGGAAAUCGUUACUACGGAGGUAACGAAGUCAUCGACAAGGUGGAACUCCUGUGUCAGAAGCGGCUUUUGGAGCUGUUCCGGUGUGAUCCGAAUGAGUGGGGUGUGAAUGUUCAGCCCUACUCUGGAUCUCCUGCCAACUUCGCCGUGUACACGGCCUUAGUUGAGCCGCACGGGAGAAUCAUGGGCCUCGACCUUCCAGACGGCGGACAUCUUACGCAUGGUUACAUGACUGCGACAAAGCGAAUCUCUGCGACUUCUAUGUUUUUCGAAAGUAUGCCAUACAAGGUGAAUGUUGAAACUGGAUUGAUCGACUACGACGAGCUCGAGCGAACAGCGGCGCUCUUCAAACCGAAGCUGAUCAUCGCCGGCAUCAGUUGCUACUCGCGGUGUCUCGACUACAAGCGUUUCCGCGAGAUUUGCGACAAAGUGGGCGCCGUUUUGCUGGCCGACAUGGCCCACGUGUCUGGCCUAGUCGCUGCCGACGUGAUCCCGUCCCCGUUCGAAUUCGCUCACGUUGUCACGUCGACGACUCACAAGACAUUCCGUGGACCUCGUGGCGGCGUCAUCUUUUUCCGCAAGGAAUUCGAGAAGAGGAUCAACGAUGCCGUGUUUCCGGGACUGCAAGGUGGACCCCAUGACAACACGGUGGGUGCUUUGUGUGUGGCUGCGAAGGAAGCUGCGUCUGAGGGGUACAGGGAGUACCAGAGGCAGGUUUUGAGGAAUGCCAAGGCCCUGGCUGAGAGUCUCAUUGACCUGGGCUUCAAGAUCGUCACUGAUGGAACGGACACGCAUCUGGUGGUGGUUGACCUGAGGCCGAAGAAAUUGACGGGGUCCAAAGCUGAGAAACUCAUGGAAAAGUGUUCGUUAUGCGGAUUUUUCGUUAUGCCCGGACUCACUGCGGAUGCCGACGUUAUUUAUUCUUCUAAUCAUCAUCAGGUAUCGAUUGCUCUGAACAAAAACACUGUACCUGGGGACAAGAGUGCCAUGAACCCGAGUGGCCUGCGUUUUGGCACGAGCGCUCUCACGACGCGCGGUAUGAAGGAGCCCGAGAUGAAGAAGGUGGCUGGUUUCGUGCUGGAGGCUGUGGAUUUGUGCGCGGAAAUACAGGCCAAGUCUGGCCCGAAGUUGGUGGACUUUUUGGCUCUCUCUGAAAAGGACGCGGAGGUUGUGGCCAAGAUCAAAUCGCUGCAAGAGCGAAUUGAAGCAUUUUAUAAGUUGGCUGUGCGAUUAUGGCCGCACGGUUUCUGCUGCAAAAUGCUUUGCGUUGGACAUGAACACUACAACUUGCAGAAACGUAUGGUGAGGACGUUGUUGUUUGGAGGUCAACCAGAAGACUCCCAGAUAAGUUUGGCUCUCGGUGGAGUGUUGGUGAGGACUGUUCAAGAAUUGACGGGAUCGGAACAAGGCCUGGAUGUGGACCAUUGUUGCCAAUUGGCAUUUCUCGCGUGUGUCUCGCCUGAGGCUGUCAUUGUUUCAAUUGUGUACUUGUUGAGGAUCCAGGACAGGCAUCCUUGCUUACUUUCUCAAUUCCAGCCGUCUUUGGUGUUGUUGGUUUCCUUGUUGGUGGCUUCCAAGUUCCUGAGUGAGGUGGAAACUGACGAAGGCGUGUUCAACGACGAAUGGGCCCUGAUUUCCGGCGAGCAUUUGAAGGAUGUGAACAGUUUCGAAGUCUGCUUCCUGGAAGCUUUGUCCUGGAAUGGGUUUGUGUGCAGAGAAGAGUUCUUCUUCACGUUGAGUGAAGUGGAGAAGGUUGUGGCUUAUACGCAGUGUUCCAAGCAAGGCUUUCUCACCUCCACUCAUGCCGCUGUGGUUUUGAGCGAUGACAAGUUUUUCUCGCUGCUGAAGAAAGCGCUUUUUUGGAUUAUUGUGGGGAUCUUUCUGAGCGCACUUGCUUACAUUACCUGUGUGAUGGUGAUUCGACAAGUUUUUGAGCAGCUUUUUCUGUGUUUGAUUCCUGUGGAAGCUUUUUUGAAUGGAACUGAUGCCUUCCAAUGUUUUCCGUCCCGUCCCGAGAGUGGACUGUGAAACUGACUCGAUGAGUGAGCGUUGUUAUCGUAAUCCCAGUGCCUUAUUGCUAGUCAGAUAUGGAAGCGAGUGAUCUUUUGUAUUGAGCAUGUGAUUUAUCUGAGAGUCCUGGCAUUUUGCAUCCUGCGACUUGGGGGGAGUGUCGUCGUGUGAUCAACUUGAGCGGAAAAGAUCGUGUACUUCCUCGGUUGUCUCA